AUGGGAGUCCUGAUCACCAACGCGCGUAAAAGUAAGCUGUCCUUGAUCAACGCACUCAUCCUCAACCUCAUGCUAGCUGAUUGUCUGGUCCUGGCAUUUGCUGUUCCCUUCAAAGCCACUGCUUAUUCCCGUGCCAGCUGGACUUUGGGUAUGUUUGUCUGUAAGACCUGUGACUGGUUCUUGCACUCAUGUAUGGCUGCAAAGAGCUUUACCGUGGCCAUCAUGGCCAAAGCUUGCUACAGGUACGUCAGUAACCCCACCAAGCAGGUAAGCCACCGUUUGAAGACUAUCCUGGUAGUCCUACUCUUUACUUGGCUCUUGGCGUGCGUGGUCCCCAUUCCCCAGUGGCUUUUUUCCACCCUGCAAAGAGAAGCAAGUGGAAUGAUUUGUGUUCAAGCAGUGCCAGUCGAUGCCCAUGAUUUCAUGUCUGUGUACGUCAAGGCGUACCCUCUCCUGGCCUACUGCAUACCUUUGAGUUUCGCCCUACUUUAUUUUUGGAAAGCAUAUGGACGAUGCCAGCGCAGGUCCAGCAAGACCCAGAACCUACGAACGCAGAUCCGAUCCCGCAAACUCACCCUGAUGCUGUUCAGCCUGACGGUGGCCAUGGCCACCAUGUGGCUCCCGCAAUGGGUGUCCUGGGUUUGGAUGCGGCACACCCUAGAGACCGAUGGUGCCUUUCCUCCGGUCCUCUUCACUCUCUCCGCCCAGCUCCUCAUG